AGAGACCCGCACGCUCUGGUGCAGCAAUGUCGGUGUUAGAAGAAAGUCGGCCGUUUGCUCAACAGUUAUCCAAUGUCUACUUCACGAUCCUUUCACUCUUCUGUUUCAAGCUUUUUGUGAAAAUCAGCCUUGCCAUCCUCAGUCACUUCUACAUCGUGAAAGGCAACCGCAAGGAAGCAGCCAGGAUAGCAGCUGAAUUUUAUGGAGUAACCCAAGGACAAGGUUCCUGGGCAGAUCGGUCACCACUACACGAAGCAGCAAGUCAAGGUCGCCUUCUUGCUCUGCGAACAUUGUUAUCACAGGGUUAUAAUGUAAAUGCAGUAACCAUAGACCACAUCACCCCCUUGCACGAAGCCUGCCUCGGAGACCACGUGGCGUGCGCCAGAACUCUGCUGGAAGCUGGAGCUAAUGUAAAUGCCAUCACAAUAGAUGGAGUGACCCCGUUAUUCAACGCAUGCUCACAAGGCAGCGCUAGCUGCGCGGAACUUCUUUUGGAAUAUGGUGCCAAACCCCAGCUGGAGUCCUGUCUUCCUUCUCCCACCCACGAGGCCGCCAGUAAAGGUCAUCAUGAAUGCCUAGAAAUCCUGAUAUCCUGGGGCAUAGACGUUGACCAAGACAUUCCUCAUUUAGGAACUCCUCUCUAUGUGGCUUGUAUGUCACAACAGUUCCACUGCAUCCGGAAGCUUCUUUAUGCUGGUGCUGAUGUACAAAAAGGCAAAUAUUGGGACACUCCAUUACACGCUGCUGCCCAGCAGUACAGCACGGAAAUUGUAAACUUACUACUCGAGUUUGGAGCAGACAUCAAUGCCAAAAACACAGAGCUUCUGCGACCUGUAGAUGUAGCUACUUCUAGCAGUUUGGUGGAAAGGUUAUUGCUUCAACACGAAGCUACUCCAAGCACUCUUUGCCAACUUUGCCGACUCUGUAUCCGAAACUACAUAGGGAGAUCAAGAUUGCACCUUAUCCCACAGCUCCAGCUGCCAACAUUAUUGCAGAAUUUCCUACAGUACCGAUAAAGCAGUGAAAUAAUUCUGAAUACUUUCAAACUCAUUUCUAUUUCACCUGCAUAGUGUAUAUUUUAUAUUGAAUUAUGUUACCGAUAGAGUGUAAGUGACUAGGGGGCCCCAGGACAGAGGUGAAUUUAAAUUUUAAGUGCACUAGUGAGUAUUACUGUUUUAUGCAUUUUUACUGUAUUUUGGACUAUAGCAUUUUUAACAUCCCUAAUGUUAUUAGUC